CGAGCUCAAUAUUUACAAUAAUGACGACAAUCUAUGCAAUAGGGUCCAAUGGCUCUGGUCAGCUUGGGAUUGGACAUAAAGAAGAUGUCUCGGUUCCCAAACAAGUUCUCUUCGCCAAUGAUCCCGACCAACCCAUCACUCAAGUAAAAGCAGGAGGCAAUCAUACUCUUUUAUUAUCCUCUGGUACAUUGUAUUGUUCUGGGGAUAAGACUACCGGGGCUUGUGGAAUCGUUUCUGGGACAUCAGAGAACGAUAUUCGAUUCUACCAGUUGCGCCUUACUUCCGAAGACUCGACACUCAACACGACUCCAACCGUUUUCUGUGCUGCUACCUGGGAAGUCACUGUCGUUGUUCAAAAGGACGAACACGGACGUAACACUCAGCUUUAUACCCUUGGGAUUGGCAACAAAGGAGAACUCGGCCAAGGAGAGUUUUUAUUCCGCUCCGCCAAAGCCUCGCUUAUCAACAAUUUCCCCCCUGACAAUCUCGAAGUAGUCGAUUUAGCUGCUGCUGUAAGCCAUGUAGUUGUGGUCCUGAGCAAUGGGGAUGUCUACGGAUGGGGAAGCGGUAGAAAGGGUCAACUAGGCCAACCUGAAGGUAUCGUCCACAGCCCGAGGAAGAUCUCGCAGUUGGAUUUCAAAGUCGUCAAAGCAGUAUGCGGAAGAGAGUUCACAUAUCUGCUUGGUGAGCCUACAAGUGGACGAUACACAAUUCUCGGAUCUGACAAGGCUGGCGUGAAGUCUUCGGCCCCAGAAGAUGUGCGUCAGUGGAAGGAUGUGGGAGCAAGUUGGGGCAGUGUUUUUGUCCUCAAACAGGAUGGCACACUCCUAUCAUGGGGCAGAGACGAUCAUGGGCAACUCGCCCCAGCUGGACUUCCACCACUAUCGCACAUUGCGAUUGGUAGUGAACAUGGCCUUGGACUUACCAAAGAUGGAGAAGUUCUUGUCUGGGGUUGGGGAGAACAUGGGAACUGCGGGCCAGAUACAACAGAUGGGGAUGUACAAGGGAGAUGGAAUGUCAUUGCAUCCUCCAAAUAUCUACCAGCAGAGAGCAAGAUCUCUAGUAUUGGAGCUGGUUGUGCUACUAGCUGGAUUUGUCUUACUACCUAACAUGCCCCGGCCGGUUGAUCAGCAAGCAACGAACAAUGCAACUGUCGUAGGUUGGGCAAGCAAUCAGGAAAAGGCUUCUCAAUUCGCGCUAAUCGU